AUGGGGCAUUUCAUCAAGCAAGUGGUGUGCAUUUUGUUCUUGGUGAUUUCAACUCCAUUUGUGCAAAUUGAAGCUAGAAAUAGCAAGUUUAUGAUCAUUCCUACAUCUCCUUCACCUGCUCCUACUCCGAUUUCUAAUGAAAUUAGUUUUCCCCCUUUUUCAUCGUUAAGUCCAACUUCGUCACCAACACCAGCACCAACACCGGACUUUAAUGAUUUUGGAUUUCCUCCUUUGUCGUCUUUAAGUCCAACACCAUCACCAGGAGGGGAUGAUCAAGAUCCUGGCUUGCCAACACCGGCGGGGGCACCAGAGGAAGGUGACAUUGAAGCACCAGCACCACUUUUGAGUGACACUCCUUAUGGACUUUAUGGUCCUCAUUCUCAGAAAGUUCCUUCUACUACUCUCACAAAUUUUGAUCAUGAUGUAGAAACUCAAACUCCUGCCAAGGAAUUCCAAGGUGCCCGUUUCAACACGGACGAGUCCUACAACAACAACAAUAACAAUGGAUACUCUGAUAAUUACAACUACGAUAGCCACUCGGACAACAAUAAUGGCUACUCUGAGAACAACAACAACAACAAUGGCUAUUCCCAAAAUUACAACAACAACAACAAUGAUUUCUCUGAGACUUACAACAACAACAACGACAAUGCUGUUUUCUCGGAGAAUUACAACAACAACAUCAACCACAACAACAAUGAUUUCUCCGAGAAAUACAACAACAAUGAUGUUUUCUCGGAGAAUUACAACAACAACAACAAUGAUUUCUCCGAGAAAUACAACAACAAAGGCUACUCUGAGAAUUACAACAACAACAACGACAAUAGCUACUCCAAGAAUUACAACAACAACAACAAUGGGUUCUCCGAGAAUUACAACAACAACAAUGGUUUCUCUGAGAAUUACAACAACAAUGACUUCUCUGAGAAUUACAACAACAACAAUGUUUUCUCUGAGAAUUACAACAACAACGGUUACUCCAAUAGUUACAACAACAACAAUGGAUACUCUGAGAAUAUGUCAGAGAGGCAAGGAUUAAGCGACACAAGAUUCUUGAACAAUGGCAAGUACUACUAUGACAACGAUCAUGCUAGCAGCUACAAUAACAAUGCGAAUAUGGUGGAAAGACAAGGAUUGAGUGACACAAGAUUUUCGGACAAUGGCAACUACUUUUAUGGUAAAAAUGGUGAGAAAAUGACCACGGAAGAGUUCAAAAGACAGCAGGACUAUCCAGGCACUGAGGAUCAGUAUGAACUUCCUUGAAGAUAAAACAUUUAUCAAUUGGUUCAGAACACAAGGACAAAACCAGAGGAUAUUCAAAUAGAUUUUACAGAGUUGAUUGAAUUUUAAGUUAUUAUGAGCGAGUGUUUGUGUAUUAGUUCUACUUGUGUCUGCAAACACUUUUUUUU